ACCCGACACAUGUGGUGUAAUUAUAUUGGGCAAUAGCGGCGUUGGUAAAAGUUUUAUUGGCAAUGUAAUAUUAAACGAAGAAGCAUUUAAACAUGCAUAUAAAUCACAUGCUGUUACAACCGAGACCGAAUAUGAAGAAUGCAAAGUCGGUGAAGAAAUUUAUGCUAUUUAUAAUAUACCUGGUCUCAUUGAAGCUGAUCAGAAUCGUGUCGAUAUUAAUAAACGCGAAAUUGGCAUUUCAUUUCAAAAGCACUCAUAUGCUGUUGUACUGUAUGUUUUCGGAGAUCAAAAUGGCCGAAUUCGUAAUGAAGAUGUUGUAGCAUUUAACGCCAUCAAUAGUGCGUAUCCUCUUAGUGAAAAAUCCUUGAUCAUUAUUGUUAACGGUGUCGAUCCAGAUCGACCAGCUGAGUAUGAUGAUGAGACGACAUCACAUCUACAACAACUUCUCAAAAUAGAUUUCCCUAGCAUCUGUUAUGUUUCAAAAAUGAAGACAACGCCACAAAAGCAAGCACUCCGCAAACAGUUAAUAAAAACAAUUACAGAAGCCAAACCAAAAACUCAUAAGAAAGAACAUGAAAUUCAUUUACAAGUAGAUGAAUUAGCAAAGUUAACAAAACAAAUCAAUGCAUUUCAGCAACAGGUUGCAGCAGAGAGAGAACAAAAUAAAUUAGAAAUGGAACGAUUGAAAAAGGAAUUUGAUUUAAAACAACAACAACAAACUGAAUUCGCUAGAAAAUAUGAAAAACAACAGGAGGAAGACAGAAGAUCACGAGAGGAAGAUCGACGCAGAUAUGAAAAACAAUUGCGAGAAAUCACUACGAUGAUACCACCACGUAUCCGUAGCCUAUCAAGUACAAGAAGUUCAUUGCCACAGAACAAUCAAACACAAUUAUCUCGACGAUUUAAUGCAUUACGUAAGUUUUCUGGAAAGUUUAUGCGAAUUUUGUUUAAUAAUUUAGAAAUGGAAGGUAUUUAUUACCCCAUUUAA